GUACGAAUGCGAGCAUUAGAAAGUAAGAAGCACCCGGGGGAGUAACAAGUCGAGGAGCCGUCACAUCCGCAUCAGUUCAUCUUUAAAACGCGCACGCUUCGCGCACUCGACAAUUUGCCCUUGAACUUUUCACCCUCGCCAUUCAGCAUAAAAUAUUUUUUAAAAUUAAUUCCGCCUCUUAUUACAUUUCAAUUAAUUUCUAUUUUUUUUUACAAUUUUAUACUCUAAUUAUUAUCGCCGUGUAAAUAUUUUUUUUUUAAUGUAAUUAGUAAUUUUGUGCUAAAAUGGUUCAACGUUGGUUUAUUUGUGUCACGGUUGUCGGUAUUUGGAUUUCAUCCUGCAAAAGCUCCCACAGUGCCCAGACGGCAGUCAAGACAUUUCAAAAUAACACGGUGAUAUUACCCUGCCACGUAGAAAGCCUCGGUGUUCAAACAAUAGUGCGAUGGUGGCGAGAAGACACGCUGCUAGCAGACAGCAGUGAUCCAAAUUUAAUACAUCUCCCUCGCAUAAAAAUGUGGGACAAUAUGAGCUUGGAGGUGUCACAAGUGCAGCCACAAGAUUCUGGAAAAUAUGUUUGUCAAGCUUCAAGACCGGCACCUUGGGGCCACGUUACACAAGUCCAAACUAUUGAAGUUCUGUAUCCGCCGAGCAUCCAUUCAGUGCCUGAAGCUGGAGAACUUGAAGUAAACUUUGGCGACGAAGUAGAAAUGGCUUGCAUUGCUAAAGGAGUACCCUAUCCAAGCAUUUCCUGGAGAAUGAAGGAUGAAGAGAUGAAAUUACUGGAUGAGAGAUCAAAGCUUAGGUUUCGCGCUGACAAUCGCACUCUGUCUGGUCGAUAUACCUGUGUUGCUGAUAAUGGAAUUGGCGAACCGGCAAUGGCCAAUAUAGACCUACGCAUACGCUAUAAACCGGAGAUCGAGUCCAAGAAGAGCUGGAUCCAUGUAUCCCCUGGAAUACGGGCUCAGCUUGACUGCAAGGUGACGGCCUACCCUGACGCCAAGGUCGACUGGUUCAUUGAAAAUGAGAGAGUUACCUACUCAUCAAGGAUUGUUAAAUUCAUUGCCGGGCAAGUUCACAGCCUGGUGAUAAGAAAUGUCAGACCUAGCGACUACGGCUAUUACAUUUGUCGCGCUACUAAUGAUUUGGGAGUUUCUGAAACGAGUAUUGAAUUAUCUGGAAUAGCCAAUGCUGCUGUCUUCAAGGAGUCCAAUCCUAUCGCUACUAAUGCAUACAAUUUUAUUUGGGAAGUUGAUAGCUAUAUCCCAAUUAUUGAGUAUCAAUUCUGGUUUCGUAAAUAUUCACCUUUAGAUCGAGGACGUGACUGGCACAAGCUAUUCAUUCCUAGUGGAAGCGAUGCGAUUGGACCUCUCCACGGCAAGUCCUUUAAUCUCACAGGACUGACGCCUGCAACACACUACGAAGCACUUAUACUAUCAAGAAAUCGAUAUGGGUGGAGCAAGCCUUCAAAGAUCCUACGGUUUGCCACUGAAGGAGCCGUUCGGAAAGAUCAUUACAAAGUUGAGGCUGCUUACGAGGGAUCACCAUUGGCAGUUAUAAUGAAUGAUUCACCAACUCCGAGAUCUGAAACGCUCAACAGUGCCUCAAUAGUUAAUACGAGAGAUUCAACGCUCAGUAUAGUCCUCGUGGUAUUUUUAUUAUCAAUAUCUUUGGAACAAUUGUUGUAAGUUAUUAGCAGUAAA